AUGAAAUUGUUUGCGUCCUUUAUUUAUUUUAGACACAGAAACGGAUAGUGUUCUGAAUAAAAUUUUAGAAAAAAAAAUUAAUAACAGCAGAAAAACUCCUAGAAGAUCAAUUCUAGAAUAAUUGCAAUUUGUUUGCUAAGAUAAAAUCAAACACCUUAGACUUUUAUUUGA